GCUCCUCAUUUCCCGUGCGCUGCCGCCCUGGUCUCCCUUUCCCUGCCGCUUCCCGCCGGAUUGGCUUUGAGACUAAUCUCUCGCUGCUGCUUUCCCUUCUCACGGAGUGUGAGUACUGGGGGCCCGGGCCCGAGCCUCUGCAGGCUGGUUUGAGGGAGUAUAACUUAAAAAUGAGGACAAGGAAGCCCUCCUGCCCGCUGGAGACGGUCUGGGAGGAUAAGCAUAAAUACGAUGAAGCAGAGCGGCUAUUCUACGAACGGGAAGCCACACAGGCCGCCGCAGCCCAGGCCCAGCAGCAACCAGAGGAGGUGGUAAACGGCCUCAGCCAGGAUGAUUCAGGGGACAGCAGCGGGCGGGACACCAAGAAAGCCAACAACGGGAAGAAGCAGAAGAAGAGGAAACGUUCACCCAAGAACCACCCAUGUCAGACCAACCUAGCCCUAGUGGGCCUAUCAGCUGACCCAAUUUGGUUUGAAAAACCACUUUUUGACCAGGCAGAGACAUCCUACCGCAAGAAGCUUGCAGAUGCAGUAGUAGUUCCACGUGGCAUGGUCCCCAUAGAGGCAGCCCCAGCCACCCAGUUGUACUCAACACUCUGGCCAGAGAAGGCAAGUCCUCGGGCAGUGGUACCCAAGCCAGGGAAGGCCCUGACGGCCCCCUGCACCCAUGGGAGCCGUGUGGCCUGCCAUCAUAUGGCUUGUGGCAUCUGGGUUAAUAAGUUCUACUUUGACCGAGCUGAGAUGGCAUUUGUGGAGUGGACGCAGGCGUCCACCCCACCGCACUCCCUGGAUAUCUCAUCCCCACAGCUGCCACAGGACACAAGUGUGGCAAGUGGGAGGGGCACCCCAGAUGAAGGGUAUAUGACAGCUGUAACUACUCCUGCCACCCCAGGGCCACCCAUUAGAGGCUCAUCCUUCACUGCCUGCUGGCCCAGCCCACCAGCCAAUGGUAAACCCCAGCUUUUUAGUCUUCAGGCAAUGAUGCAGGAGGUGUGGUUGGAGAAACCCCAGUAUGAUGAUGCUGAGAGAUGUUUCUAUGAGGCCAUGUUUGAUGGCCAUCCCCCAGGAAAGGUGAGGCUGCAGGAACGGGGUGGACCAUCUGAUGUAGCACGGCGGGGAAGAAAAGAUAGACGAAACAGAAAUAACAUAAGCAAACGUAUUGGUCCAAAGCGGACAGACCCUGUACCCUCCAAAGAAGUGGACCCUGCCUUGCCCUACUGGUAUUUCUUGCACAAGGAUGGUGAACCCCCAUGGCUCAGCAAAUCAAUUUAUGACAGUGCCGAAUCCCGCCACCAUGCUACUGAAGCCCUCCGAAUGUCAUGGCGAGCAGAAGCACCUCCAGUCUCGCCAGUCCCUGCCCAUCGGCCUGCUUCUCGUGCUGUCCCCUCAGCAACUACACCAAGACCAAAGGCUCCUGUUUGUCUUCCCCACUCCCUACCAGAGCAACAAGUGGCAUCCACCAGUGGGAAGGGAAGGAAAACACCUCUCAGCAGGAAGAUGGCAACCAGCUUCCUGGUGCAUGAGAAGAUCUGGUUCGACAAAUUCAAGUAUGAUGAUGCAGAGAGAAAGUUCUAUGAGCAGAUGAAUGGUCCUGUGCCAGUCUCUUCCAGACAGGAGAACGGCGCCAGCGUGAUCCUCCGUGACAUUGCCAGAGCCAGGGAGAAUAUCCAGAAAUCACUGGCCGGACUCAAGAUGGUGCUGCAAAGUCCCCCUGAGGCCCUGAGCCAGGCCGACCCUGGUCCUAGCACAAACACCAGCUCUUCCAGUGGCCCCAGUGGGGACCAUAGUGAGCUGGUCACCAGAAUUUCCAACCUAGAGGCAGAGAACCGGAGCCUUCGGAGUGUGAUUCAGGACCUACAGGCCACCAUCUCCAGGCUUGAAACCCGGCUGUGCACCCUGGAGAAAUGCUCUCCCUCCUACCGCCCUCUGGCUCCUCAGACUCAGUAUGUGUCCCCUAUGCAGAUGAGGGAGCCAUUCACAGCCACAGCCACUAAGAAGGCGGCCACCCCAGCAGAGGACGAUGAGGAAGAUGACGAUAUUGACCUGUUUGGUAGUGAUGAUGAGGAAGAAGACAAGGAAGCAGCCCGGCUUCGGGAGGAACGCCUUCGGCAAUAUGCAGAGAAGAAGGCAAAGAAGCCAGGACUGAUUGCAAAGUCUUCUAUCCUCCUAGAUGUCAAGCCUUGGGAUGACGAAACAGACAUGGCAAAGUUGGAGGAGUGUGUCCGCUCUAUACAGCUGGAUGGACUGGUCUGGGGAGGCUCCAAGCUGGUGCCUGUGGGUUAUGGCAUUCGGAAGCUGCAGAUCCAGUGUGUGGUAGAAGAUGACAAGGUGGGCACAGACAUCCUAGAGGAGGAGAUCACCAAGUUCGAAGAUUAUGUGCAGAGUGUUGACAUCGCUGCUUUCAACAAGAUCUAAAAGGCCCCUGAAUGUGUGUGAAUCUGUAACCAAAAUAAAGGCUGAGAUUUGAGGUG